AUGAAAGCACUUUUCAAAAACUUUCUUCCUGGUAGUCAGAACAAUCGGUCUGUGGACGACAUGAUUAAUACAUCCUCAUCAUCAGGCAAGAAGAAACAGCAAAAACAUUCUUCCACCUCUACUACAACAAAUAAUAAGGAAACGCAUCAUCAUGAAGAGCAUCCAAAAUCUCGUUCUCUUUCUCUCUUUACAACCAACAAGACGCAUGACGGAGGAGGUAUUGUUGAUCACGAGGAUGGACAGGCCAUGACGAGUUCAUCGCUUUCAUCCAUGUUUGCUCAUUCUCAACCAUCACAACAACAUGUACCCAAGACUCAUUCCCAACCACCACUCUCUCCUCAACCCAACUCGAAUGUGGCCUCCAAACAGAGCAGUUCCUCGAGUAUUCUCUCUUCUUCAUCACUUGAGGGUAAUCAAACGAAAAGUAGUCCCAAUGUCAUGGAGCAUAUUCAUCAUCAACAACAACAAUCACAACAACCUUCCCAAUCUUCUCCAAUGAACAACAACUCAACCAUUGGCUCAACCGUACUCUUUGCAGACAUGAUGAUGCUUGGAGCUCUCGGUGGUCAUUCACCACCUUCCUCACCCACCUCACCUCCCGUGCUCUUUUCUCCUUCUUCGGCGUCUUCUCUGUCAUCGCCUUCAUUGCCCCACCAUCAUCCAUCCUCAUCCUUACAUUUCCAACAUCAGCAACAACAACAACAACAACUCGGAAACACACCUAGCUCUGUUCAUACUCCCUCUCCAUCCUCAUUGUUGCAUCAUCAUCAUCAUCACCACCAUUCCGCUGGCUUUAGUGAGCCUAAUUUAUCAUCUUCCCAACAACAAAAAUUUAACCUCGUAUCUUCCUCUUCGUCAUUGGCACCCUCGACUCCAACGACGCAACAACAAAUUAUUUCAUCGUCCAAUUUGGAUUAUGCUUUCCCGAGUGUAUCAUCAACCUCAACAGAUUAUCAUUCAUCCAUUUCAUCCCCCAUGAUGAUGCAAACCUCCAAUAGUGGUAGUGCUGCUGUUCCGAGACCAAGUGGUACACAACAAUUAAUUGAAGUUUUGAAUAGGAAAAAGUGGAGAGAUUUAUUGUGUGUGGUUCAGAAUGGAAGUGGUAAUCAUAAUAGUGGAACAACACCCUCAUCUACCACUUCCUCUGCCCACUCUCUCGUUGCUUCCCGAAAUAGUAAUCAUAAUAUUGCAAUGAUGACGAAUAAUGGCCACGCCAAUACGAAUAGCACCAAUACUAAUAGUGGAGAUGAUGUGCUUAAUGAUUCAAAAACGAACCACAACAACAUCCACAAUAGUGGAAAUAACAAAUCUCUGUAUUCCUCAGCACCUGGUAGUGACUCAAUUGGUGUUUCAUCAACAACGACCACUCCAAGCAUGAUGACCACAACAACAUCGAGCACAACUGUCGUUACUCCUUCCCUAUCCACCUCUUCUCUCCUCAUGAUGAAUAACGGCAAUCGAAUGCCAUCUCCAAAUUCUCCUGUCGCCAUCAGUGUUAUUUCUGAAAAUUCAUCGUCCUCUUCUACUGCCUCCGACAAUGAUGAUGUUGGCGAUUCCUUAAUUAAUGACCUAGAUCAGAAAGCUUCCGAUGAGAUGAGUAGUCCUACUGUCGUUCAUGCCAUUAAUAGUGAUGCUCUGAAUCUUUCAACUUCCAUGAUGGCCAGUGUUAACAAUAGCUCUACAACCUCUUCCAAUAGCAAUAUUGGAGCAACACUUUCCCUGAACAACAACAAUUUAUUAGAUCACAACGACGAAAAAUCAUUCACACUCACCAAUUCUCCCAAUGAAGCUAUUUUCAGAGCAAUUAUUCUCGGAGGUUUUCUCUCACUGAAAGAUGUUUUGCACUCGUGUGAUUUGGUAUGCAAGAGUUGGCAUUUGAGAAUUUCUCACUCGAAGGAAAAUCUCAUUUAUUUCCUUCCUCAAUUGUUGUCGAGCAUUCAAGUUUGGGAGGAGAAGAGUGAUUUACAAAUCAAAUUGGCGACACAAAUUGCUUGGAAUUUGAAUAACAUGGAAGUGUCAAAGAGAGCACUUGUGGUCUUGUUCGGACUCUAUAAACGAUCAUUGCACAAGGAAAAGAUUUUUAAUAGAGCCGUAUUUAAGGAAGUUGUGAAACCAGAGGUACCAGAGUUGUUGGGCCAAACCGAUAAGUGUAACAUGUUCUAUCGAUUAAGUAGCCCUACGUGGUUUUCACCUUACAUUUGUUUUGAAUUUCCAAUUUAUCUCUACCUGGCAAAGAGGUGUUUACGUACAAUCGAGAAGAAGGAUGGCGAAUUUCAACAUCGAGUUCAAGUCUUGUUGAAAUUAAAGCCAAAUUUCACCUAUGGUGGCGAGGGCUCAAACGAAUCGAACAUGCUGUUGCAGCCUUAUCAUUCAUCACAGUAUUCGAAUGUAUCGAGCGGUUGCAUUUCACCUUCCAUGUCACCAUCACCAUCUGGAGGCCGUAAGUUGAUUUCGCCUAUUGUGGUUGGCACACAGGCACGACCCUUAGGAGAUGCAAAUUCGUAUGCAAGCUCAGCAACAUCUUCCAAGUAUUUGGAAAUUUCUCCUGAAAAGAAUCUGCUACAUCAUCAAGAAGUCAUGUUAUCCCCUAGCUCACCCAUGCUCAGCUCUGUCUCUCCGACGAAUACGUUACUUCGUGGCAAUGCGCAAAGCCUCACAGACAUGAUUAGGGAACUAAAAUCGAAUUGGUUUUUCGUGUAUGGAGUUGCUGACAAGAGCAAAUCAACACUGGAGGAUCGAAUUUUACCAUGCUCAGACGUGGCGACGACGUCACAACUUCACCAGCAUCAUGAAAAACCCAAACUUGUUCAUGAGCGUAUCAUUCGAUAUUUUUCACAUUUUUCUCUCGCUAAAAUGAAAGAGGAGAGCAUAUUCUCUGGCGUUGGCAACGAGGUUGAAUCUGAAAAUUUCGCCUUGUUAGACAAGAGUACAAUUACCGAAAAAUCCCAACAAAUUACAGCCAAUAUUGAAAAAUGUUAUUUAGAAAUGUCACAAUUUGUCAAAGAUUGUGAAAAGUGCCCAUGUAUUGAGAAUGCAGAUCCUUCAUUGUGUGAGUGUUUUGACAAGUCCAUGACGUCAUGGAUUUGUGAACUGCAUCGGUUAGGUCUUCUCAAAAUUGACUUUGUUCUACAAUAUCUUUUCAAGUUAUUACUAUUUACGUGUUGUGGACCAAUGUACGACAGAUCCGAGUUGCAAUUUGUGACUUGCCAUCUGCAUUCCGAUGAGGACAUGGAUACACAAAACGAAGAGCUCAAUAUGAUGUGUGCAGAUCCGACAAUGGUAAAAAGUGUAUUAAUGGAUUGGAUCCACAAAUACCAUCAAGAGGCAAACUCUGCAGACGAAACAAGCUCGAUUUAUCACUAUUAUUUGAAGGUGAAGUAUGACUGUAGUGGAUUCAACGGUGCUGUGGAUGAGGAGAGUCAUUUAUUGACCUUGAAAGUUUCUGCUACGAGUUUUGAAUUUGUGUCCUACUUGUUUGAGAGUCAAUUUUGCAAAGGACAACCAUUGUCUUCAUUGCCUCUCUUUGUUAAAAAGAUGUAA